AUGGCUGCAGUCCUGGAUGGAGCAAAAGCCUCUGCUAAUGAGGACUAUGAAGACCCCGAGCUUCAAAUGGUAGACACGUGGCCAUCGGCGAAGAUUUUACCAGCCAGGCCUACCAAGGAGUCUGAAUAUGCAGAUACUCGCUAUUUUGAGGAUGCGGUGGAAGCCUCCACUCUGUGGUAUGCCAAGCCCUCAGCGCCCCCAACCAGACAAGCCCGGAACUUGCGACUGCAGCUGGAAGAAACCCCUAUACCACCACCCAGGCCUCCUCCCACCCUCCCGAAGAAGUACCAGCCCUUGCCCCCUGCACCACCGGAGAACCACACACCUGCCCUACAGCGGCCCACCUUCCCAGAAGCCCAGAGGGGGCCCAGGGGCUCACAUGGCAUCUGUGUUCCCUGCACAGUGCCUGAUGCACUUGUGGGUAUCUGUGAGCGUGAGCCUCCUCAUCGCCAGACAAAGCCUGAACCAUCUCACACACUGGAAAACCAGAACCCUCAGAAGACUGCACUUCCCAUUACCAGCUCUUCUUCCCUGCCAAGAAGCCACAAACUGCAAGACAGAGAUUAUAAAGGCGGGGUGCAGUCCUCCUGCCCUCAGAGGUGCCAGUUUCCAACCAGCUGUGGCCCUGGUGAAAGCUCACUGCCCACAAACUCAAGCUGGAGAAAUCCUCUGCCCCUGAGAUCUGCUGCGAAGGAUAUUCAGCACAACGAAUGGUACGUCGGAGAACGCAGUCGCCAGGUGGUUGAAGAUGCAUUAAUGCAAGAGAGCAAGGAUGGUGCCUUCUUGGUCCGAGACUGUUCCACCAAGUCCACGGCAGAGCCAUACGUCUUGACAAUAUUUUAUGGGAACAAAGUGUACAACGUGAAGAUCCGCUUCCUGGAAAGCACCCAAAAGUUUGCACUGGGGACAGGACUCAGAGGAAAUGAGAAGUUUGAUUCGGUGGAAGACAUUGUUGAACACUACAAGUGUUUUCCGAUUAUACUCAUUGACGGGAAAGACAGGAGCGGCGUCCACAGGGAGCAGUGCUACCUCUCGCAGCCUCUGCAUCUGGCCAGACACCUGCCACCUCAGUAGCCUGCUUCCUGUUUGUCCACAGCUCAGUGCAGUCAAUGUUUAUAUCAUGUUGCAUUUAU